AUGGAGCACCCAGCGCAAGAAAUCCGCGACGUCAUCCAGACGCUGUGCACGCAGCCGCCGGCCGAACAGCAGGCCGCCAUCCGCCGGUACUACCUCCCCGACGCCGAGUUUGUGCACCCGCUGUGCCGCGUGCCCGGCUUUGGCUCGGGCUCCGGCAAGGAGAGCGUCCGCCAGCACGCGCCGGACCGCCUCGUCGACUUGGUGGAGCGGCACGGCGGCGCGCAGGCGGCCGACCGCGUCAACUCCCGGCGGCUGAUUGCGGCCAUCUUCCGGUGGUACAAGAUCCUGAGCCCGCAGAUUGUGCUGGGCAUCGAGUCGGUGGCGUGGGACGCGGCGCAGCACCGGCUGUACGUGGCGAUGCACCAGCGGUUUGCGCUGUGGUUUGUGCCGCUGUACGCGGCGCAUGUGCGGCUGGUCGUGGAGCUGCACCUCGCCGCGGUCGUGGACGGCCAGGGGCACGACGGCAACAGCUAUGCGGCGGUGGCGGCGCAGCACGCCCAGGCCGCACAGCAAGGACAGCAAGCACAAGGACAGCAAGGACACGAACCCAACACAGCGCGCAACCGGCAGGUCAACGGCGUCCCCGGCACGGACGCGGCGCACCAGCCGCCGCGGACACGGUACUACAUUGCGCGGCACGAGGACCACUACCAGGUCAACGAGGUGUUCAAGUUCUUUACGCUCAGCGCGGGCGCGUGGCUGUGGGCGCUGGUGCAGCUGUUUGCGACAGUCCUGUGCCUCGGCGGCGCCACCGUCUGGGACGCGACGAUUGGAGUGGUCCUGGGGACAAAGCGAACAGUGGAGGGUGGUAAGAAGUAG